CGAUAAAUCCAAUACAUAUGCGAACUUGCGCGAAACAAUACGUGUAAUCAUGCUACCGGCUCAGAAGAUGCUCAUCUGGUUGCUCGCAGCUGUGGCCCUUGUUUCCGCUCAGUAUGAAAUUUCUGAUUCUAAUGCCCAGACGGCGUCUGGGGGUGUUUUCUCCACACUAUUUGACGGUAUAUUGGGAGCGCCCUUCUCUCUAGUGGAGAGUAUCAUCAGAAAGCUCAUUGUAGCAGCAAUGGAAGUUAUUGCAACCAUUCUACCCAGAUGGGUGUUGGAAAGGGCUAUUCCGAUGCCCAUUUUGGAAAUGCUGGAUCAGAGCCAGACGAUUUUGGGAGGAACUAGGGACUAUGGCGACACUCUAUACCGAAGUGCGUAUCGCUCAGCAAAUAAAGCAUACAACUGAUCCAUUAGAAUAUUUGAAAUCUCAUUAAAUCGCGGCUGCUAAGUUCUA